AUGAAAGUUCUUCUAGUACUGGGCAUCAUGCUAGUUUUGGCCUGCACGCAGGUUUUCUUCCCUUUCAUCUUCAGAGGCAAAGGCAUCUUUUGGGGAAAGACUGGUGAAUCUCAUAUUUUCAGCAUUUUGGAAGAGAGUAAACUAAUGGUGGAUAAAGCCAUCUACAAUACAAUGAAAAGAAACCUCAAGAAAAGGGAAGCAAAUUCCCCAGCUCAGCUUCUCUCUUUUUCUAAGCUCCCUGAACCAACUAGCCGAGCUAUUUCUCAAGCAGCAGAGAUAAUGGACAUUUCAAUACAAGCACUGAAAAAAAAAUUUUACCUGAAACCUAAGCAAUCACAGAACCCAACUGAUGUUUUAUCAGUGGAUCUUUUGAACACACUUGCAAAUUUGUCUGGAUGCCUGCCUUAUAUGUUACCACCAAAAUGUCCAAAUACUUGUGUUGCAAAUAAAUACAGACUUAUCACAGGAGCUUGCAACAACAGAGACCAUCCUAGAUGGGGAGCUGCCAACACAGCCCUGGCAAGAUGGCUUCCUCCAGUUUACGAAGAUGGAAUCAGCCAGCCCAAAGGCUGGAAUCACAACUUCCUAUACAAUGGGUUCUCACUGCCGCUGGUUCGUGAAGUGACAAGACAAGUUAUUCAAGUUUCAAACAAGGAUGUCACAGAAGAUAACCAAUAUUCUGAUCUCCUAAUGGUGUGGGGACAAUACAUUGAUCAUGACAUUGCAUUCACACCUCAGAGUACCAGUAAAUCUGCAUUUUGGAAAGGAAUUGACUGUCAGCUCAUGUGUGAAAACCAAAAUCCGUGUUUUCCCAUACAGCUCCCCUUCAACGACUCGCUAACGGCAAGCACACAGUGUUUACCCUUUUACCGCUCUUCUGCUGCUUGUGGCACUGGGGACCAGGGAACUUUCUUUGGAAACCUCUCAGAGUCAAACCCCAGACAACAGAUGAACGGGUUGACCUCCUUCCUUGACGCAUCCACAGUUUAUGGCAGUACUCCCGCCUUAGAGAAGAAGCUAAGAAACUGGACCAGUGAGGAAGGGCUGCUCCGGAUCAACCAGCGCUACCAGAACGGCAGACAUCCGUACCUGCCCUUCACGGAGCCUCGGGGAUCUUCACCCUGUGCUCAGGAGCCUGGUACGGAGAGCGCAGACCGGAUAGAGUGCUUCUUGGCGGGAGAUGGCCGUGCCAGUGAGGUCCUUUCCCUUACAGCUGUGCACACGCUGUGGCUGCGGGAGCACAACCGCUUGGCCAUCGCCCUGAAGGCUCUCAAUCCGCACUGGAGCUCAGACACCAUCUACCAGGAGGCGCGCAAAAUCGUAGGGGCCUUGCAUCAGAUCAUUACCAUGAGAGAUUACAUACCAAAAAUCCUUGGUCCCGAGGCCUUCCAUCAAUACGUGGGUCUCUAUGAAGGCUAUGAUUCUACAGUGAACCCAACAGUCUCCAAUAUAUUUUCCACGGCCGCAUUCCGCUUUGGCCAUGCCACAAUUCACCCACUUGUGAGGCGACUUGAUGAUCACUUUCAGGAGCAUCCAGAUCUCCCCAGGUUACAUUUGCACGAUGUCUUCUUUAGUCCAUGGAGACUUAUCAGAGAAGGCUAUAAUGAAUGGAGAGAAUUCUGCAGCUUACCAAGACUGAAGACUCAAGCUGACUUGAAUACUGCCAUUACCAACAGGAGCAUUGUUGAAAAGAUAAUGAACUUAUAUAAGCAUCCUGAUAAUAUUGAUGUCUGGCUGGGUGGCUUAGCUGAAAACUUCCUUCCAAAAGCUCGAACUGGUCCCCUGUUUGCAUGUAUCAUUGGAAAGCAAAUGAAAGCUCUAAGGGAUGGUGACUGGUUUUGGUGGGAAAACAGGCAUGUAUUUACUGAAGCUCAAAGGCAUGAACUAGAAAAGCAUUCAUUGUCCCGGAUCAUCUGUGACAACACAGGCCUCAUCAGAGUGCCCAUUGAUGCCUUUCAAGUUGGAAAAUUUCCCCAAGACUUUGAACCCUGUGAAAAAAUAUCACACAUGAAUUUAGAAGCCUGGAUGGAAACCUUUCACCAAGAUGACAAGUGUGCUUUCCCAGAUAAAGUGGAUAAUGGGGACUUUGUACAAUGUGAUGAAUCUGGGAAACGUGCCCUGGUGUAUUCCUGCCAUCAUGGAUUUGAGCUUCAAGGUCAAGAACAAAUCACUUGCACAGACAAAGGAUGGGAUUUUCAGCCACCUGUUUGUAAAGAUAUUAACGAAUGCAAAGAUCUGAUGGAUCCUCCGUGCCAUCCCUCUGCUGAAUGCAAGAACACCAAGGGCAGCUUCCAGUGUCUCUGUACUGAUCCAUAUGUACUAGGAGAGGAUGAAAGAACCUGUGUAGACUCAGGAAGACUCCCCAAAGCCUCCAUCGUCUCCAUCACAUUAGGCAGUGUGCUGAUUGGUGGCUUGGCAGCAUUGACCUGGAUGGUGAUUUGCAGGUGGUAA